AUGAUGAAUCAAAAUGCACGCGUACCUAAUGUAGUCCUCGAAGACAUGACCGUGACUCAACUUGAAGAAAAACGACUUGGCUGUCGUUCAAUUCUUCGUGAGUUCUGUUUAAAUACAACAGCACAUGGAUUGCCAGGUAUCGCUCGUAGUAAAACUCGACAUAAUCGUAUCUUUUGGUCGGUUGCAUUCAUCAUUUUUACUGGGUUUGGUAUGAUGGCUCUUGUUCAUGAUAAUACACAAUUACCACUUAUUGAAACAGCCGGCAUCGAAUUAGCUCCAGGACGAAGACACAAACUAGGAUAUAAAAAGAAGGCAACUUACUUUUUAUCUUCGCCCUAUACAAAAUGUACUGACAAAGUACCUUUUUCUAUGCAAGCUAUGUUUGAAAACUACAAUAAUGCCGAUUAUCUUUAUUCCGAGGCACUAUGUUAUCAACUUUGUGGACAAGUCUAUACAUAUGAACAAUGCGGCUGUGUCAGUCCUCUUCUAUGGAAUAGUCGCACGCUCUAUAUUCCAAGCAUUAAUCGAGUAGUUUUUGCAGAUCUCUGCGACUAUGAUAAUUCGUGUUACACCAAAGCCAUUGGUGAAGUUUUAACUUCAUCUUCUCUUAUGAAUGACUAUUGUUCAGAAUGUUCACAAGAAUGUUUAAUAAGAAAUUUUAAUGUACAAACUUCUUCACUAUCAGCACCAGCGGAUUGGGAAAUGGAAUAUAUAAAAACGUUUGUUGAAAAUUCUUCGAUUCCGCUACCGGUCAAUUGGAAUAGUACAUGGUAUGAACAGAUUCAUAAAAACUAUCUUGUUAUCAAUGUCGUGCGUGAAACGAGUAUUGUCGAAAAUAAUACUCAAUCAGCUGCAAUCGGUACAGUUGAUGUUCUUUCAAAUAUUGGCGGUCAAACUGGCCUAUGGAUUGGCAUUAGUUUUCUUUCAAUCAUGGAACUCAUUGAAGUACUCUAUCAGCUGAUUCGACACGAAUAUUAUGUAAUUCGAACAAAGAUUGGAAUUGCUUCACAAUAA